UGAUGCUUAGAGCUGUCAAAAGUAGUAAAUGUCCUAAAAAAGAAUUAUUGUUUCAUUUUGUUCACAUUGUAAUGCAUAACUUAUCCCCCAGAUGGAGACCUACAGUGGCCAACACGCCUGAACUUGUUGGCCCCUACACCUAUUACCUUGACUGUGUUAAAAUAUGCCCCAAACGAAAACAAAACUAUGCGCCAUUUCUGAGAUGCGCCAAACUAGAACGAAGCGUCGGCAAUCCCAGCUUCACCGACAAGUUUUACACCAUCCCCAACACGAGAAAAAUCAAGGGUGGAUCCUCGUUACAAAACAGGGCACCACGCUUCCUGGACAAAGCCGACGACCAGCCCGGGCCAGGGUUUUAUUCGCCGGAAAGGGCGAAGUUUUGCAAGGACAUACACAAUGCCGGAGGUCGCAGGUUGUAUGCCAACCGUGUGGAGUACUGUUUCGGCAUAUCCGCCCCUUCAAUUCCGACCCGGAUCGACGAGAAUGGGUACGACAUCGACCAGUACGGGAUGCUGGCCAAGAUGCCUCCGAACACCAGGAAGGAUUAUGUGGGACCGCAAGAUUAUGAUAUCAGGGAAUGCAUAUGCUGCUCCUGUGAGCAGUACAGAGGGUGCAAGUGGUCAAAGAGCAAGACUAAACGAUUCGAUUACCAUCUGAGUGAGAAUCCAGGCCCCGGCGCUUACGAGUUGCAGAUCCCUAAAGACCCGCAACAGGAGGCUAUAGAGGAUUACCGACAGAUGGCACGGCUCUUCAGUUACCUGCCUCGCUAUCUUGACCAGCAAGAAAUGAGGCAACUAAGAGAGAACUACCCUUCGCCUCAAGAGUACAGUCCGGAGAAGCUCAAGUGCAAACGACUAGAAGGGUGGACGAAAGCUCCGUUUUGUUCCACCACCAAUCGGUUUAAAGAAGUCCUUGUACCUACUCCAGGACCAACAGACUACGACGUCAAACAUAUCAACGAUAUGGGUAAAAUCACGUGUGGCCCCAAAAAUGCCCCCCCACAAAGAUUUAAACAACCAUCUUUUGAUGGACCAAGUCCUGCUUCUUACAACAUUAAGUCCCCACUUCAAGAGAAGCUGGACAGCAAAUCAAACAAAUAUGCUGUAAGGACGGCCCCCUUUUUGAUCAGCAGCCCCUUGGAGCUACCAAAUCACGAAGUACGUCCAGCACCAAACGCCUACACCCUUCCGGAUCCCUUUGAUGUUGAGGAGGAGAACUCCAGUGUCUUCAAGUCGAAGGUCAAGAGGUUCCCCACCAAGUGUAACUUGAAUGAUUCUUUAGACUUCCCUGAUGUUCAAGGAUCAUUCGAGGCAAGCCAGACUAAAAAAUCCUUCAACGUAAAAAACCUCCCCUUCAAUCACACCAGUUAUAAAAAAGAAGUCUUCAGUACUAAUCCAGAUCCAGGAUCUUAUCACUAUGACCUCAGUUGGUCAGACGGAAGGACCAUCCAGAAGGAGUUUCCCAGAUUUAAGCAAGACAAGUUUCGAAGCCCAGGUGUGGGUGUGUAUAACAUUCAUCCCAAGUUUGAAGUGGCCACUUACAGAGCUUGGGAUACGUUUAAUUUGCCAUUGAAGGAACGUGUUAUGAGGAAAAAGAUUAAAUUGAACAAAAAGGAGUCGUUCAAGGCUUGGUGCAAGUGGACGCAGAAACCCAAACAACUCAAAUGGUUCCAGGAAACCCACGACUACGCUUUGCCGUUUUAAACCUUUUUUUACAACAAUAUAUACUGUUUUCUAAUA